AUGGAUUCGACACCUUCACUGCUUGGCGCUGAGUCGUUAACAGGACACCCGGUUGACGAAACACCUGAAAUACCGCUGGCCGCGAUUAGUGCCAGCGGAGACGAUGUCAUCAAUCCUACACCCACUUUAGUAUCUUCAAAACGACCUUCGACUUAUUGCGGUCUGGUCUCACAAGCAGGCAAAAGCCCUGGUCGGAAAAGGGACUGCGAUAAUCUGUUAGUUGCCGAUACUAACGAGCGUGCACUUAAAAGACAAAAGCUUGGCACUUCGGAUGUAUCGGGCGAUGCUUCAUUGACCGAAAGACUUAACGCGUUACUUUGUUGUGUGGUUUGCUUGAAUCUAUCCAAAUUUUCCAUGUACCAAUGCCGGAGAGGACAUUUGAUGUGCGCUGACUGCUUUAAUCACUUAUUAGCCGACGGACGAUUACGUGAUCAGUUUUCCACAUGUCCCAGUUGUCGUGUGGACAUAUCUUACGAUACGGUUGUUCGGAAUUUGUGUGUUGAAGACGUCAUAUAUGAAUUGCCGAGUGAAUGCCGAUAUUGCAGUAAAGAAUUUCCCAAUAAAUCGAUGUAUCGACAUGAACGGGAAGAAUGCGAAAAACGUCCAACCCAUUGCAAAUAUUCCCGUGUCGGUUGUCAGUGGCUUGGCCCACGGAUUAUGGCUCCUGAACAUGAAAGUAAAUGCGCAUGUUUGAACAAGUCCGCCGAGGAAAUUGUAAAUGACUUAGGAACGUCCGACACCAAAGCCGACAAGGAGAAAAAAAUAUUUAAUGCAUUUUUCAAUCUGUUGAGUCACGAAAAUAUGGCAUUUAUUGAACUGCGAUUUAAACCUCUUCGUACCAAUGAGUUUCCACAUAAGCUCUUCUUUGAGACGUCAAGAUUUUCAGCCUUCAAUCUAGAGUGGAUAGUUAAGACGACCGUUAAUAAUAAUGAAAGGGAGCCGUAUCGUUCCAGUCAACGUGUUAUUACUUAUCAACUCAUCUUAAAAACGAAAAUUUAUGUGUCAAUGGAUAUGGACUUCUUCGCUGGGAAGGGACCAUAUUCAACCAUCCGAAUGUUCCCACAGAUGUAUAAAUAUACCUUUACGGAAUAUAAUACAACAAGCGAAUGGAAUGACUUGUCGUUGGUCGACAGUGAUGAGGUUAAUCGUUUGCUUGCUAAUUAUGACUUCAAUAUUCGUUUCUUCAUGUUUUUGGGCGAAAAGCAAUACACUUUGCAAAAUUAA